CGCAAACAUAUUUUGCGCGCAAUCUGACGCAAUCCCACUAUAAGUGGGAUUCCACCUAAAGUAUGAUCCCACCUCGAGUAUGACAAGUUACCGGGAGACUUAGCUGCUCAUGAGGUAGGCAAAUUUUCGUCGUCGGGGUUCCGGGCCAGAUAUCCAAGUUGAGCAAAGCCGAUUGCUGCCAAAACACUCUUCUUUGCACUGUAUUUUGCUUUUAAUAUACAUAGGACUGUCUCCUUAUUGCUUUGCUGGUGCUAGGCAGUCUACUAUGGGUCAUCCGAGACAUGGCGAGCUAUUUAAGCUGCCUUUCCUUAGGGGGCGUUGCCUCUAAUAAGCAUUGUAAAAACUGUAGCGCUAGUCACGUUCACACGCCUUUAGAAACAGAGCUCCGGACUUUCCUCGACGAGGAGGGCAUCAGCAAGGAACUCACCGCAGCAUUCCUUCGGCAACACGUGUUUACUGGGAGAGAAAAAGGUUCGGACUUUACUAAACAGUCAAGCGUGAGGCGCGGGUGCCGCGACUUCCACUUCCGGGUCAACCUACAGCACUUGCUUUUGCAGGUCGCUUUCCUACGAAGCAAGGGGCGCUGGCAAUCUGACAACGAGUCGUUUAUUAAUGAAUUUGCCGCCGAUAUCCACCACUUGCGGCGUUUCCUGAGCGGCAGCGGGGCUGUCGAUGGGGAAAUUGCCCAGCAAUUGGUGGCUUUCGCUGCCGACAGGCUUCGCUCUUUCCUCGAGGAGCAAUGGAUCACAGAUUGGUUGUCGCUCGUGCGCAAUCACGGCUUGUCAGCGAAGCUGCAGCAUGGCGGACCCGCGGUUCCGUCGGUACCAGCCGGUGGGGGCAACGUCGCGCAAGACUCCUUCAAGGGCGACAUGGGGAGCGUUAUGCUCCUCCAUUGGGUCGUUGGCAUACAGGGCUUCCCCCUGGACGACCUUGUGGGCUGUGUAGCUCAAGCAGCUGGGGUAUAUGCUGGAGCACUGCAGGCUGGGAUGGCCAAGUUACAAGGUGGUUUCCUUGGGCAGCUUGUCAACGACAGCGGCAAGACGUCGCCUGCAUGGAAGGCGCUCAUUUGCGGGGAGCGAAGAGGGGAGGCGCCGCCAGUGUCGGAGGUCGGCUUCUGUUCCGCUCUUCGGCUGGCGGCAGUUGCGCUGGGUCGCAUGCAACCGCACGUGCGCGCCUUGUACCUGCUGGAGCCUGCCAUGGGGGCUAUGUGGGUUUACCCAAGCUGCGACUCUCCAUUCCUUGUUGAGAUGCCAAUCUCCAGGGCCGUGCCUGGGGGUCAGCGCAUGGUCCUGUACAAGGGUGGCUGCGAGAUGGGCGGCUUCCGUCUAUCCUUGGACAAUGACCCGCUGCCUAACGGUCUUGUUGACAACUCUGCCAUCCUCAUAUGCCACUUUGCGUCGACCGGCCUCUAUUACCCCAUGAGUCGCCAGCAGAAGCCGGCAGGAGUCGCCCAUGCCCCAGGAGCCCAGGCAUGUCCCAUCCUGGCAGAUGUGCUCGUUCGGCCUGUGGCGCCGCGCGAGGCCGCACCACUUUUCCCACUACCUCCCGACCCAUCAGGCACACCAGCGCUUCCCGAUGGACAGCUGGAGCUGCAGCAACAGCGCCGCCAGCAGCUUGUCCGCGACCAGGCGGAGCUUUCUGGAGACGAUGUUCCAGAUUGCGACAGUGAUGGAAGAGCGUUGCCGUCCCCCCCUCCUGUGACGCGGAAGCGUGGGCGUGGCCGGCCCGACGAGGGCCCCAGCCGUGCCGCGGAACAACGGCGGUCAGGCAGCAGUCGUGGUAGAGGCGCUGCAGCCGUGUCGGGCGCAAGGGGCCGUGCCAGAGGCGCUGCAGCCGUGUCGGGCGCAAGGGGCCGUGGCAGAGGUGCCGCUGUUGUGUCGCCGCGAAGGCGGCCUGUGCUGCAGCGCCUUCAGUCGCCGCCGACAUACCUUGCCGUGAAGCCGGAGGAGCCCUUGACGUCCAACGAGGUCAUCAAGAAGCUGUACCCUUUCAAGGAGGUUGGACACGGCAGCUGGGCUUUCGUCGCUCCAAGCGCCAAGGCGAUGAGGGAUGCAUUGGUGGUGCUGAAGCGCUUGACGGUGGCGGCAUCAGGGCAUGGCGACGUGCAGGCGGCUCAGCGGUCAGUUUGCUAUCUCCUUGGGGUGGACUUUGGCGUUGCUAGCAGCGGCAGCCAUUGCAAGUCGAGCCUCACGUGGGACGACCGCUUCUCGGUUAACGUGGUAUCUAGGCUUGCCGUUAUGCAGGCCGAUACCAAGUCCACGUUCGGGCUAUACUGGCCUAAUAGGUGCAUGGACGUCAUCAAGGACUUCAUGGAGUACAGCGAUGCGUACACGCCUACGCCGCAGGAGAUUGAGGCAUAUGGCAACGGCAGUUACGUCAUCACGGCCGCGAAGGUGGUGGUGUUCAUUCGCCGCCUAACCGCUGGAGCCGUACAACGGGCUAACUUUGGUAGGACUAAGGAGGGGCGGGAGCUAAGAGCGGCUGCGGUGGCCGCUGCAGCUGCAGAGGAUGCUGCCGCUGCUGAGGAGGCGUCUGGUGCUAGCGACCGUGAGGGAUCGGACAAUGAGGAGGACGGCGCCACGACCCGCAAGGGCCUGAACUACUACGAUUGCCGGCUGUGGGUCAAUGCGAUGGGGUGGUUCCAAGAGCUCCAGCACGUGCUCAUCAAGGGGAAGCCAAUUGAGGAGGAGGAUCGGAUAAUGAGGGACCCGCACGUCAAGGUACUCACGGGCGAGGUGCGGGAAGGCGAGAACAAGCGGCACAGAGAAGAAAGGACGGAUCCUGGGACGCGGCCAGACAUCCCGACAGAUGACCAGAACAAGUUGAUGGUGGAUGACUGGGCCGGUCCGAUUCGCGCGGAUGACAAGGCCGCCUGGUUGGGUUUCAGGGCGGCAUUCGAGCAUCAGAUUUCUGCAUCCACGUUCACGCGUGGGUGCACUGUCCGCGACCUCCACUAUAACUCGCUGUCGUGCCAGGUGUACGAGGGGAGCCCCCUCUCCAUGAUCCCGUCACAACCCAUGUACGUGGUGGUGUUCACCACUACAUCGGCUAAGACUGGGGGGCUGGGGCUUAGACGGGGCUCACGGGUAGGCAAAGAGGCGUGUGAGGCAGGGGGGUCCGGAAUCGUGGUUUGAGGUAAACACGCAUUCAAGAAGUGCUCUUCAAGACAAGGACGAGGAUGCUGUUCCCGUGCGGAAAUCCGAUGGGGGUUUGAUGCUCUAUGCGGCAGAAGGUGCGGGUAACGACUUUGAGGAGGCUCAAGGGUAGGGCAAGUGGGUUGUGCGAAGGAGUUCACCAACUUUAUUGUCAGAACGCUCAGCUAUAAGAAUGCAGCAAAACAAUAUCUGUACAAUAUUAUACUUCAUAAGUUCACUGCAUAAAACGUUCGCGUUAACCAAUCCAAGAGCAAACGGUUCUGCUGGAUAGAUACCAGAGGGCAAACGCGACAUUUAGCUUGAGUUAGGCAUUUAUUUGAAAACAGGUUUUAUCGUUUAGGUCACAACCUUACUCGAAAGAUGUUCCAUAGCAUGCUUUCGAGCACAGCACGCUCUAUGGGGCCCUGUACGACCUCAGACUCCCGUCGGGGGUACGAGCACUCUUGCGCCGCAAGCAACUUGAAAAAUGCAAGAUUCCAGCGCCACCCCGUCUUGCAAACACGUUGUGUUACCGUAUAAGUGUCCUAUAUGGACAUUCUGUAAAAUAUGACGGCCUUCAUAGGCUGCACCCGUGUGACAUACCUGAGGGCGUUUGGGG